GAUUAGUUGGAGAAAGCGCUAGUGAAUGCAUAUAUCUAAAAGGAGUGUCUAAAUGGAACAAUUCACUUCCCAGCUGUAAUCCCGUAGAGUGUAGAUAUAUGAAAGUCAAUUCUGGAAUAAGAAUAAAAGGAACAGGAGAACCGAAUGUCUAUGGCAAGAUUAUUGGAUAUGAAUGCCUGAAGUCUGGCUACGUCCUGAUUGGAAGUGCCACUAGUCGAUGUGAUGAGACUGGCAACUGGAACCCUGGGAGCCCCUUUUGUGUAAAAAAAGCUGCUUGUGAAUAUCCAGGUCCACUGACAAAUGGUAUAGUUCAAGAAGAACAGAAAGAGUACAAGAUUGACUCAGAAGUUACAUAUUAUUGUAAUCCAGGGUUUACAUUAGUUGGAGAAAGAACUAGCAAGUGUGUGUUUCAAGAAAAAGAGAUGAAAUGGAGCACUUCACUUCCCAGCUGUGAAUCGGGAAAGUGUAAAAAUCCAGAAGUCAGACACGGAAUAAGGUUAACGGGAUUAGACUCAUUUCAUGCAUAUGGCCAGACUGUUACAUAUGAAUGCAAAAUUGGGUACUAUAUGGUUGGAAGUUACAUUAGUCGAUGUGAAGAGAACGGUACCUGGUACCCUAAGAUACCAACUUGUGAAAAAAUUAGUCCAGAAGUAUGUGGUGCUCCAUUCAUUGUAAAUGGAACAGUACAGAUGUUGCUAUCUACAUACGUGAUUGGAAUGGGUAUCACUAUAAUCUGCAAUGAGGAUAAUUCUUUUCUGGACGACACAACGGAGAUGACUACAGAAUGCCUAGGCUACAAUGUGUGGGAUCCUCCUGUGAAACCUUGUUUGUCUACGACAUCACCUGACAUAUCUCCACUGACGAUUUAUAAUGGUGCAAUCAUAGAGGGAAAGAAAAGACACUAUCGGCCUGGAGAUAGUGUUGUUGUUUCAUGUAAUGCUGGCUAUACAUUAAUAGGGCCAUCUACCAUACGCUACAUUGGGGGAAAAAAGUGGACACCUUAUAUGCCAACCUGUUCUCUGAAUUUUCUCCUUGUGAUGCUGAUAAUUGGUAUGUAUGUAUUGCAAAAACAACAAAGACUAUUGUGGCACUUUUAGUGCAUUAGCUUUGUCAGCAUUUCCUAUUUUAAACC